AUGGCGUGCUUGAAAUUAAAAGAACUUGAAUCUUGGCUUCAAGAUAUUGACAUUUUUGAAAAACCAAAGGUGUGGCUAGAGCAAUAUGCAACCUCUCCACACAUCAGCAGCCGUAUGCUAUAUACAAUGCAGUCUUGUUAUGGAGACAUAGCAGGGAAGUUGGUAGCAGAUUUGGGCUGUGGGUGUGGUGUUCUUUCGGCAGGUGCUGCAAUGCUUGAUGCAGCACAGUGUGUGGGAUUUGAGAUAGAUACUGAUGCAUUAAGUAUUUUUUCGCAAAACAUAUCAGAACUUGAACUUACAAAUGUUGAUGUAGUGCAGUGUGAUGUGACUAAUGGGUUGUCGGUAUGUUUUGACAAAGUGUUUGAUGUUGUUGUCAUGAAUCCACCAUUUGGUACAAAACACAAUCAAGGUGUAGAUGUUAAGUUUCUUGAAGUGGCUGUGAAAUUAGCCAGUGAGGCAGUUUAUUCUCUUCAUAAAACCUCAACAAGAGAAUACAUCCUAAAUAAAGCCUCAAACUGGAACAUGAAAGCUGAAGUUCUAGCAGAGCUGCGUUUCAAUUUACCAGCUUCAUAUAAAUUUCACAAAAAGAGUUGUGUUGACAUCGAUGUUGAUUUCAUUAGAUUUUCAUUUUUAUCAUAAAAUAAAUAAUGUAUGUAAAUA